ACCAUGCACUGCUGAAGGGACGGGGGCCUUAACAUUUAGAAAAAAUAUAAAAACUUUAUAAAACAUAGAAAAAAGGGAAAGAAAUAGAAAAGAAAGCAAAGAAAAAUUACUCCAUAUAAGAACAGAACUUUUCCAAUGAGAGCACUUCUGUGGACACUGCUCCGCUAUAUCAGAUAGAUGAUUUGUCCACAAGCUUGCACGUAUAAUGAACGCCCAGCUGUCGAUGGAGAACAUUGGCGAUCUGCACGGAGUGAGCCAUGAACCGGUCCACAGCGCGGCGGAUCUCAUGACCGGAGACAGCGCUCAUCACAGGAGUCAUCGGAGCAGUCUGUCAGCCCAUGCGCGCUCCAUGGGUAUGGCUUCAAUCCUGGACAGCGGCGACUAUCAUCACCACCGGCCCCCGGAGCAUCCCGGGCUCGCCACGCACCUGCACCCGGCCAUGAGCAUGGCAUGCGAGGCUCCCCCCGGGAUGAGCAUGAGCAGCACCUACACCACCCUCACUCCGCUGCAGCCUUUACCGCCCAUCUCCACCGUCUCCGACAAAUUUCCGCACCACCAUCAUCAUCAUCACCACCACCAUCACCACCCGCACCAAAGGAUCCCGGGGAACGUCAGCGGGAGCUUCACCUUGAUGAGGGACGAUAGGGGUCUGGCUCCGAUGAACAACCUCUACUCUCCCUACCACAAGGAUGUUGCCAGUAUGGGACAGAGCCUCUCGCCCCUGUCUGGAUCCGGACUGAGCGGCAUUCACAACUCGCAGCAGGGGCUGCCGCCGUACGCGCACCCCGGGGCCACCAUGCCCGCCGAGAAGAUGCUCACACCCAACGGAUUUGAGGCACAUCACCCCGCGAUGUUGGCUCGACACGGGGAGCAGCACAUGAGCGCGUCUUCGGCGAGCAUGGUGCCGAUCAACGGCAUCCACCAUCACCCGCACGCCCAUCUGAACGCCCAGGGCCACGGACAGGUGCUGGGCUCCACUCGGGAGCAAAACCACUCCUCCGUGCCCGGAUCGCAGCUCAACAACGGUAGUAGUUCAGGUCAGAUGGAAGAGGUCAAUACCAAAGAAGUGGCGCAAAGGAUCACCACUGAACUCAAAAGAUACAGCAUUCCACAGGCCAUCUUCGCCCAGAGGGUGCUGUGUCGCUCGCAAGGGACGCUUUCGGACCUGCUCCGAAACCCUAAGCCCUGGAGCAAGCUCAAGUCUGGUCGGGAAACCUUCCGUAGGAUGUGGAAAUGGUUGCAGGAGCCUGAGUUUCAGAGAAUGUCCGCGCUCAGGCUCGCAGGUGAGAGAACAAUAGCGUGCAAGCGAAAGGAGCAGGAGCACGGUAAAGGCGAGCGGGGGAACAUCUCCAAGAAGCCCCGGUUGGUCUUCACCGAUGUCCAGCGUCGGACUUUACAUGCAAUAUUCAAAGAGAACAAGCGUCCGUCCAAAGAGUUACAAAUCACCAUCUCUCAGCAGCUGGGCCUGGAGCUCGCUACCGUCAGCAACUUUUUCAUGAACGCGCGUCGACGGAGCCUCGAUAAGUGGCUGGACGACGGCAGCUCCAACUCGGCCAACUCCUCCUCCUCCAGCACUUGUACCAAAGCAUGAUGGAGUAACGGCUGCAUUGUGGGAGAAAAAAAAGAAAAAAAAACUUCGGUGGAAAAGCUUUAAACAAAGAAAACUUAACAAAAGACAAUUUUAGACAGCGUUUGCCCUUAAAACUUGUACAGUACUGAUAUUUAUAAUAUCCAAAGAAAACACCAAAGACUGCUUUGACCCGCAUUUAGGACUUCGUUCGUUUAGCCUAUGUCUGACAUUCUGCAAAAAAGAAGAAGAACUUACACUCCAAUCACUGGUCGUUCCCCACUCUUCCC